GUGCUUAUCAUGUGCCUCCUGUAUAUGAUAUGAAUUGUACAGCUUGCCAAGAUGUUAUUUUAGUACUUUUACUUCGUCCAGCUCGUCAACCGACAGCCUCCGAGCAAUCACGCUAGCUCCUUUUCGGUCGCAUCUUACUGAAAGCUUUAUACUGUUACUCAGUUAUCCGGCAAAUACAGAGCGACGCUUUUUCACUACCGUAAAGGGGCGCAUCCUGUGACAGCUUUGCUUGCGCUCGAGCCUAGCAGCCGUCUUCGCGAGGAAUGCAAGCAGCGCUGACAUGUUGCAGCCAUGCGUCGGCGAGCGUGGGGCGAUACGCUUCUCGCAGCACCCUUGCUGGAGCGAUGCAAGUCCAUCCGGCUACGCCCAUGCGAGGCUGCCAGUUGGGUUGCGGAGCCAGCGCGCGCCAAUUUACACCAAGGACACCAGCUCGUGCGCCAGUGCGGCUUGGACGUCGCGGUGUUGUUGUGUGCAACGCGGUUGCAAAAAACUUUUAUGAGAUCCUGGGUGUGUCUCAGUCAGCCUCCGACCGGGAUAUCAAGUCGGCGUACCGCAAACUAGCCAUGAAGCUGCACCCAGAUGUCAACAAAGCGCCUGACGCCCAAAAGCGGUUCAUGGAGGUUAAGGUGGCGUACGAGACACUGUCGGACGGCAAGCAGCGGGCCGAGUACGACAGGAGAUUGCGGGUGGGGUACGGCGGCUUCAGCGGCAGCAGAGCAGGCAGCGGUUACAGCGGUACCGGCAGCCGGACUGGAGGCACGUACGGCAGUGGCGGUUGGGUUCCCAACAUCAACCAGGAGCCCAUGCCGGGUCUGGACGACCUCAUUCGUGAGCUGGAGCGGGAGUUCACUGCCUGGGCUAACGAGCAGCGCGCCAAGGGCUCUUCGAGUGGCGAGAAGAGCCUGUUGGAAGAGUUGGAGGACCUCGGAGGGGAGUUCCUGGACUUUCUGGAGGAGUCGCUGGGUAUCAAGGAGGAACCCAAGAAGGCCUCAGGAGGAGGCGCAGCUGCAUCAGGGCGAUCGAGCAGCUCGCAACAAACGAGGUCAGCAGCGGAGCGGUUUGACGCCUUCUGGCAGCAGUACGGCACUGACGGUGCAUCCAGCAGCAGCAGCAGCAAUAACAGCAGGAGUAACGGGAACACCAGCAGCGGCAGCAGUAACAGGAACACCAGCAGCAGCAGCAACGGCGGCAGUGGUGCUAGCAGCUCCUCGGCCGGCGGCGCAUCCGGUGGAAGACCGUCUUCAGCGUCGACGUCGUCAAAAGCACCAAGCUCCUCGGGAACUUCGGGACCAGCACGAUCCGUGGACGACGAGAUUGAGGCACAACUCCAGGCGCUCAAAAAGAAGCUAAACAAGCUAUGACCCAUGGGUCCCACACAACCCGCCGUACAAUGCGAUUCGCUGAGCUGCAUUGGGCGUUGUGUUGUGCUCGUGCAAAAGCGAGAGCAACGCGGGUAUAACUCUCAGAACUCUACCAUCGUGAGCGAGCCCUUGUAAUGCGCACGAAUUGUAAACCCAGAAGCUGUUG